GGGGUGGGGAGGAGCUUCAGGCUGCUUUCUUGGCAGUGAGACGGAAGCCAUGAAAAGAGGCGGUGAGAAGACGGGGCAGAGAGAGGCUGGGGCUGCCUUCAGCCCCUGCCUGGUUCCCUUGACACCUCCCUGCAUGGGGGGGGGGCAGCCCCAAGAGGAAGGCUAGUGCAGUUGGGGGGAGGGGCUGCAAGGGUUCUCCUUGCUGAGAACAGGAUGCUCGGACCAGGCAAUUUUGCACACUCGCAGAGUUGUGCAAACUCCUCCUGGAGCCCCUUUCGGGGCUGGUGGGGUCUCUGGACCCACAAGCACAUUGUUCUGGGGCUGCCCCAUCCUGCCAAGGGAGCGAGCCAAGCAAGGACCCGCCCGUCACCCACGUCUUAUGAUGCCUGUUUCGAUAUUACAGAAUCCAUUUCCCCAAAUGGUGAUUGGUGUGUGUGUGUGUGUGUCUUUCCCUGAAGCUCUUCCUCUUCCUUCUGAGGAAAACCCCCAUGGAGCCUCCUUUGUUCCCCUCCGGGACAAACACCUGGGGGCCACCUCCUCCUGGGGUGAAGGAGAUCCCGGGUUAAGGGCCUGCUCUGGGUGGCAGCAUUCUGGGCACCAGAGGGCCAGCCCUUUGAGGUAGGCCAGGCUAGGAAACCGGCAGGGCAGGGACUCCAGGAAAACCAACCUGAAAGGCUGCCCCAGAGCCUGGCCCUCCCCCUCCCCCGCCACUAAGCCCGGCCAAGGGGAGUCGCCGUGAGGGUCUUCCUCACCCCCCGGGGCAGCUCUCGGCUGACGUUACGGGGCCUGUUUGGGAACCACUGCUGGGGGAGGGGGCAGAGUUCCAUUCCUGGAAGAGCCGCCCAUGAGGAAGCGCCUGUUUCCUGGGGAUGAAGGCCGAGGGUUUCCGAGAGGAAAAGGGCGAGAGGGGGAGGACCAGGAGUGUGGAGCUCCCAGCUGCUCUUCCCUUUGGGGCAGCGCUGUGGCUGCGCUGCCCCCCCCUCCUCCAGGCAGGGCUCUUUCUCCGAGGGGCUGGCCAGCACCCCAGCUUCCUUUUGGCCUCUCUCCUAGAAACAUGGCUGCUCCUUCUUCAGCUCCUCCGCCUUACGAAGAAUUGGCCGGCGGGAGUAAUCCAGCUCCGUCCCCCUACCCACCUGCAGGGAGAAUUCCUGAGAAGGGGACUCCGGACCCCUACCAACCCCAGGCCUAUGGCAUGCAACCCCAGGCCUAUGGCAUGCAACCCCAGGCCUAUGGCAUGCAACCCCAGGCCUAUGGCAUGCAACCCCAGCCAGGCCAAGCGGUCCCUCCAGUGCCCCACCAAACCGUUUACAUCCCGGGGCCGCUGAUCUUCCUGGACCAACCCAUGCAGAUCAGCUGUCCUGCCUGCAACCAGAUGAUUGUGACCCGGAUCUCGUACCAGCCUGGCGCUCUGGCCUGGCUCUCCUGUGGCGGCCUCGCUCUGGUGGGGUGCUGGCUGGGCUGCUGCCUGAUCCCCUUCUGCGUGGAUGCUAUGCAGGAUGUCCAGCACUUCUGUCCCUGCUGCAACGCCUACCUGGGCGUCCACAAGCGCCUCUGAGCGGAUCCAGGCCCCGGUGCUGGGAAGGGCCCCUUUCGUACGGCGCUCCCCAAGUCCUCCUGGGCCUCUCCAGCCCCUCUUCAAGACCUUUGGAGCAACGCAGACCACCUCUCCAGCCCCCCUCCCAAACUUCGGCCGUCCGUGGGAUGAGCGGGUCCUGGCUUCCUGCGAAGGAGCGAAAGGACCACGCGGAGGCUGCCGCCACCCCUCUGUGCCAGGCCUCCUCUGCAGGACAAGUGUGCGGCACAACCUCUGAGGGCCGAAGGGAGGCCAUCUUCAGCAUUCGACACAAGCCAUGCAGGACUCCAGCUGGCUCCCACCGUUCCCCCCGUGGCACGUGCCUAGUAACGGAGCCACCAAUGUGGGCGGCAGAAGCUCCUGCUGUGAUGCCAAGGCCGGGCGUUCCCCCCGAUCUGAGGGGUUCCAGUUCAGGGAACAUAGACCUUCGUUCGGCCCAACGGGGGGAGAGAGGCCCUGCGGCUGCCUUGGGGAGCAGAGCGGGGGCUUCCGGCACCCCAACCAGGGCCCAGCUCUGCACUCGGGGCUUCAAGGCAGCUUCCUGCCCCCAGGAAGGAGGGUCUUUUGUCCUGGGGAUUUUGGGGGUAGCUAGAGAGCAAAUCUCCGGAGCACUUUAAAGAUGUUGGCUCUGCAAGUCCAACUUUUUUCUGAUUUGCUUCCAAGCUUAGUCCUGACUUGUUCAGCUUUUGAAAUAAAACCGCCUUGCAAAAGGGAAAAAGGACUGCAGGGGAUCCUAGUUUUUCCAAAGGGCGACACCCGGCCCAGCCCUCCUUGCUGUGGGGGGAAAGCGGAGGGGCUCUGCUGGGAGCCUGGCCAGUGCCGGGGUCCUCUGUGGGGCCAGUGCCCUUCAGGGAGGCAGGGCUGGUGGUGCAACUGGGGCCAGGCAGCAUCCCCAUAGCGGCUACAGAGGCGCCCUAGAUGAGGGGGCCUGCAGAGAACCAGCCUGGGCUCAUCUGCAUGGGGGAAAACGGUGGUUCAUCCUGGCAACCUUCCACCCUCCUUCCGGGCAUCCAAGGGGCCUCUGAUGCGCUUGGCCUUCCUCAGGGGGCCGCGUGGGCAGCUGUGCCGGCCACUGGGCUUCAUAGGCGGGCAUUGGUCAGAUCCCCCCCCCCCGCUUGCCUUUAUCCGACCAUCAAAAGGGGCACUGCCAAGAUGAGGCUGCAACCCCCCUCAUCCAGAGCCCAGGCAACGGGUGUUAUGGGAAUUGUGACCCCCCCCCACCCCCUUCUCGGCUUGAAGUGAAUGGGGGCUGCACAGAGGAGGGAUCCUGGCUUCACAGGCCUUGGAGGGUUGCUGAGCCUUUAAAGCACUUUCCAGUUUUGGUGCACAACUUUACCUGUAAACAGACUGGUGGAAAUGUGCCCCCCCCCCCCCCGGAGAUUCCCCCUCCCCCGGUCACUUGAGAAGGAAUCGAUAGGGCCAUUCUUUUAACUCAAAAACUUUACUACAAAAGUACCAAAGAACAUUUCAGUCUGCUGAACUUCAGAGAAAUUUAUUUACAAAAAUUAAAUAAUUAUCUUCUAUGAAAA